GCCCGUGCUGUUAUUGGGCUUCCGGAACGCCGUUCGCUCCUGUCUGGCUGCGGCCUCGGUGUUUGUUUGUCCCCCCCCCCUCUGUUAUUGUUUCGGUGUAGCGGUCCUGGGAGAGAUCGUUUUUCUGAUGCAGCGCAAUGGAUGAUGAAGAGAACCAGGAUCAGCUAAUUAACAGAAACUCCUCACAAGGAAAGAGCCGACGGCAAGUUUCCAUCCUGGCCAGCGAUGAUGAUGAUGUUGAAGACUCUGAAUCAGGGAGUGAUGAGGAGGAUGACCUGGAAGAAGGGGGUGAAGAUGAAGAUGGAUCCAAUUCUGAGGAGGAGGAUGAUGAUGAUGAAGAUGAAGACGAGGACGACUUGGCAGUGUGUCACUCAGAUAAAGCUCAUUCCACAGAGGAUUUGAAUCCUGACCAAAGCUCAGAUGAGGAGAGGGAGAAUUGUCCAAUUUGUCUAAAUGGCUUCAGAGACCAGGUUGUGGGCACCCCUGAGAAUUGUAACCAUUACUUCUGCCUCGACUGCAUUGCGGAGUGGUCAAAGAAUGCAAACUCUUGUCCAGUGGAUAGAAUCACGUUUUCCUGUAUUCACAUACGAGCUCACUUUGGUGGUGAAAUACUGAAGAAGGUCCCUGUAUUAAAAAAAGCAUCAGAAGUAGAAGAAGCCGAUGAGGAUCCCACAAAUUGUGAGGUCUGUGGGCGCAGUGAUCGUGAGGAUCGUCUGCUGCUCUGUGACGGCUGUGAUGCUGGGUACCACAUGGAAUGCCUCACGCCGGCACUGAAUGCUGUACCUGUGGAUGAAUGGUUCUGUCCGGAGUGCUCAGGGGCUAAUGUUCCUCAGGAAGAUGAUGAACAAGUAAGUGAGGAGGAAGUGGCUGGCCUACUUGCUGAUGUAAUCCCAACCACCAGCCGUCUGCGCCCUAAUGCAACACGGACGCGAGCAAUUGCGCGCACAAGACAGAGCGAAAGAGUCAGGGCAAAUGUGAAUAGAAACCGCAUCACCACAGCACGCAAUAUUCAGGAGGUACCCAGAUACUUGAUGUCAUCUCUCCUCGAUGAAACCAUUGAAACAGUCGUUGCUGGACUUAAUACUGCUGUCUACCAGCGACCACUUGGACCUCGCUUGACUACAACCAAAAGGAAAAAGAGAGUUGGAAAGAAGAAGACUAGUCAAUCCAAGGGGGCAAGAGGUGUGGGAAAGAAGCGCCGGCGGAAAUUCAGGAGGCGAAAAGGACGGAAGCAAACGGUGAGGAAAGCGCCUACCUCUCAUAGUCGCAUCGCUAAAUCUUUGGGGCUCUGCGCACCAUCUCGUGGCGCUACAUUACCUCGUGUACAUCGGCCCAUGGAACUGACUUUGGGGUCAAUGAGACAGGAUAUCGGUGCUGCCACCCUCUCAGUGUUUGGGAGCGCUAAUGACUUGGAUCCAUUUGACGGCAGUGAUGACCAUGGAAGCAACCCCACAUCUCCACUAAAUGCCAAGCGCAGGAUUCUAUCACGAUCUGCAUUGAGAUCUCACCAGCCGGUUGCUCGGCCCAUCUCUUUGGGCCUGUCCCGCGGUGGCGUGGCUCCUCUUGUUCGUGACUCUGUGGCGGUUGCAGAACCUGUGCCUGAUUUACUGGGAAGUAUCUUGUCUGGGCAAAGCAUGCUAAUGAUGAAGAGCUCAGACAUUGUCAUCAGUCGUGAUGGUUCAUUAUCAACUAAGAAGAAAGCUGAAGCAAAAAUGCAAAGAAAUUCUUCAAAGCAAGAAGAUACAAUGGAAGGCCAGAAAGAAAUGACCCCUUCUCACUCAGGAUCAUCUACCACUUCCUCAUCAGAUACUUGGAAGCCCAUUGAACAGCAUCCACAGUUAAAGUUGACUUCAUCUGGUCUUUAUUCCUUGUCUCCAUCACCUUCCCCUCCUCCAGCAUCAUCUGCCAUUGGUCUAGAAAGAGUACCUCUGCCCUCUUCUUCAUUGCCUGGGACAUCUGCAUUCAGACUUAAGAAUGCCUUUACUCCAAGAGUUGUGCAGGUGCAGUCUUCUGCUGCUCGUUUGGCUUCAAAGCAUGUAGAACCUAUCCGUUUCAAUGGAGCUGUACAUAAGACUGAGCCUCCCAGUCCCAGUGAUCAUUUGCCACUAAAAAGGCUAGAUAUCAAAUUUUCAAUAAAGUCACCUGCAAAGAGGUUGGAGAUUUCAGAACUUCCCAGGAUACCAAAGAUCAAAAAAGAGACAGGCAGUAGUUCCCAUGAAGAAGAUAGCAAGCAUAUGCUGUCCUCAGAAAGCACAAGCUCAAAUUUUAGCCUUCCCAGUUCUUGUGUCAAUCAGUUAACGGGUCGAGGGGACAAUAAUCAGUUGGGAAGACUCAACACUACAGAAAGCAAAAUGAAAAGCUCUAGACAAGAGACACAUGAACAGCCUCAAAAACAAAGUGGUGAAGUAUCUUCUAGCCAUACAAGUUCAACCAGUAGCUCAAGAAGUGUGGGAUCGGUUGAGGUGGGAGGAGGUGGUCUCCGGAUAACAAUCAGUCGUAGCUCGAGCAACACCUGUAGACAGUUCAGUCCUAGUUCACGGGCUCCCUUCCGUUCCACUGAUGGUAAAAUAGAACAAAAAAAUACACCCCAUCAAUCAGCAACCUCUUCAAAAAGGGAUAAACCAGUUAAGAAUGAAAUUUAUGACCCUUUCGAUCCAACAGGCUCAGAUUCAGGUUCAAAAGACAGUAGCCCAGAACGACCAGGGCCUUCUUCUGUGCCAUCUUCUGUGCCAUCUAAUAUGCCAACCUCUACAUCAUCAUCCACAUCACCAGUGACUCAAAAUACUGCACCGUCCAGUGGUGUCAAAGUAGGUGCAUUUCGAAGCUUCAGAUUCCUUACCACCCACUCAAACAAAAUUAGUGUCUCUAAACUUGGUCCUGCCUUCUCUGAUAUGUCUCCCAGCAGCAAAGAGCAUAGUGUACCUGAAAAAGCCGGGGACUUGAGUCCUGUGUUGCCUUCUUAUAUAAAGGUGGAAAAAGAGAUCAAACAGGAAAUUGAUGAAGAAGAAAACAAUGAGAAGAUACCUUUCAAAAUCUCUUGCCCACUUUCUGGUUUGAAAAUUACUUCUGAUCUGAAACCUGGUGGUGUUCGUGGUUUUCACUUUGAUUCAAAAGAGGAGAACCGUGUUUCUAUAAAACCUGAUCCCGAACCUCUGCCGAGCAGAGUUAUUCAUCAGAGUAACAGAGUGGUUUGGGAAUUGGAAUCUCCCACACGUUCCCUCUCUUUGUCCACUGGUCAUAAUAUAGAUCUAUUGAAAAUGAAAACCACUAUUAAGGAAGAGCCAAUAGAUUGUUUAAGGUCUAGAUCUGGAACACGGUCUCAAGACCGAGAAUCAAGAUCAGCCUCUUGGUCCUCCGAGGAGGAAAGAAGAGAAAAAUCCAAAUCAAAAACACACAAAGGAAAAAGAGCACGUAGUGAUAGGUCCAGCUCAGGCAGCUGUGAGCGUUCCAAGAAAAAGCGUCAAAAGGAGAAAAAAAAGGAGAAGAAAAGAAAAAACUCUGAAUCCAAGGAGAGGAAGCGGUCAAGGUCAAGCAGUCGAAGCAGUUCUUCACACAGAGCUUACAACAGUAAGAAAAAGAAGAAAAAGAAGCGCGAGUCCAGAGGUCAAUCUGUUAGCCCUGAAAGGGAUAAGAAGAGGAAGCACAAGGGUGAGAAGAACUACUACAACAAAGAAGGGGGCUUCAGGGUAAAGGAAAAAAAGAAACCCAAGGAAGAAAGAGGGAAGCAAAGAUCAAAGUCGCCACAGAUGGCAAAGGAGCACAAGGCUCAUCGAUCAAAAGACAAAAAACAUUUAAAAGAAAGGGAGUCUUAUGAAGAAACUUUUCUGGCCCCAGAUGGAGAUGAAAGGCCUAUCACUUGUACUGUUACUGUAAAAACAGAAUUCCACACAGACAAGGAAGAGACAAGGAAAACUACAAUAGUUUCACCCAAAGAGGAUGUAGAAAGAGACUUCUAUCCUGUUUUUGAAAAAGAGGUAUCAGUUGAUAUUCCCGUAGUGAAAGAGGAAAAAGAUGUUGAGUUUUCUAGUAAUGAUGAUGUAGACAAGAUAGAAACAAGUAGCCCACCAUGGUCGCCAUCUCUCCUGGAUUCCAUAUUUCCUGAAGGCAAAAGGGGUGAUGCCCAAGAGACACAAAUGAAAGAGGAAAUUCCUCUCUUAAAUGAGUUGCCACUUAAGGCGGAGGUUAUUAGUCCACAAGCCUCUCCAUUAUCAUCAGACAGUGAACCUCCAGUUCCUAAACCCCACAGCCCUCAUUCCAGCCUGGAAACCAUCCAGCUAGUUAGCCAACCCCCUGUCAAAACAGAGCCUGAUGAUAUGCAGUGGUCACCAUCUCACUUGGAUGAUUUUCUACUUACUGAGCUUUCAGAUGACGUGUGCUCAGCAGGAGCAGCUAGCCCAGAUGAUGUGGACCUUGAAGAAGCCAUCUUGAUGAAACGAGAAGGCGACUAUAAGGAAACUCCCUUAGUAAGUUUUUCCAAAAAGCAAGUGAUCCCCUUCUUACAGGAUGAAGGAGCUUCUGGCGAUGAAGAGGCAGGAAAUCACAUUAAUGAGGCCACCACAACAAAUAGUUUUCCACAAACAGGAGCAAACAAAGGUCUGAGCCCAUCCAAAACAGACAUUGAGACACUUUUGGGUAAAUCCAAAACUCAGAUCAAGAGAGUCUCGUGGAACCUUCAUAGUAAAGAUGCAGUGAGUUGCACAAAAGAAACGUCCUCAAGUGUUCUACUCCUUAAGCCUGAGCACAUAAAAGAGGAGCCAAGACCUGAUUCACCCAAACAAACUGAAACCGGGUCUGCAUUUUCAGCAGAUUCCCCAUCUGAUAUUUUCAAUACUCGUCCGUGGAAUCUCCCAGACACUUCCAUCCGGGAUUGCCUGCAACAGGUGUCCAAUCAAAUUUCAUGGAAUUCUGUGAACAAACCUGUCAAAGAGACCAGUCGAUUGCCUUGGAUUGCAACAGAGACUCCUGUUCAGGCUUUCCCACAGACUCUGCCUCCGUUACCUCUCCCGCCAAUCUUUCCUCCCUAUGCCCCUGUCAGUGAGCCGACCAUACCAAGCAUCAUGCUGAGCAGUGGAGCAAUGCUAAGCCAGACCCCAAAGCCUGGCAGCCUUGCUACAGCUAAUGAACCGAAGAUGCAAGUUGCAAGUACAGGUGAAGGGAAGGCGAAAUCAAAAUCAUCUUUAAAAGGAGAGAAGGUUAAGAAUGACGAGUAUAUGAAAAAGCUGCAUAUGCAGGAACGUGCAGUUGAGGAGGUGAAAUUGGCUAUCAAGCCAUUCUACCAGAAGCGAGAGAUCACAAAGGACGAAUACAAAGAAAUCCUUCGCAAAGCUGUGCAAAAGAUCUGCCACAGCAAAAGUGGAGAAAUCAAUCCAGUGAAAGUAGUCAACUUGGUAAAAGCAUAUGUGGACAGAUACAAACACCUGCGCAAACACAAGAAGUUGGAAUCCGAAGAUGAUCUGUUCACAGGGCGCGAGUCGCCAUUAUGAAGAGUCUUUGUGUGUGGAGGUAGAUGAACUUGGAACUGUGCAGGCUCAGAGAUCCAACCACAGGGUUAUUCUGCAUGGGAAACAACCCACUGCAGUCGUGUAUGAGGACUAAUAAUGUGUACAAGAAGAUGAUCUUCUUUCAAGACACACAAUAUUUUCGUUUUCACCAAUUCUCUCAUGUUGUUUUUUUGUUUUUGUUUUUUUUUCAACCCUUCUGAUACAUAUUGCACGCCCAAACACAAAAGAAAGAUUAAUUUUACCUCUUCACAAAGUUUUUGCACACUUGCAAAGGCAUUACAUAUGUGAAAGGUAGGCAGGAAAAAAUGUUAUUUCACAUCCAAACUGAGAUAAAGCAGGGACUUUGUGCUAUCCCCCUCCGAGGUCUCAGUCUUACCAAUGCCACCGAAGAAGGAUGACUAAAUAAAUUUGUAUAGAAGGCGCCUGUUGCUGUGUGUCUCAUUGUUGCCAAUGGAUGUGAAUAGGAGAAUGGAACAUCAUAAUCGGAGCAAUGAAAGAACGUUUCCUGGAGGAAAGAUUCCGUCAUUCAACACUGAAAUAUGUUUGAAGAAUGACAAAUUCCAUCUGAUGUUGUAAAGCAAUUUUCAAGUUUUUUUUAGUUUUUUUUUUUAAUUAUGUUUUAAUUUAUGAAAUUAAUUUCUACGCCAGGUUAUUAGUUUAAGAGUCAGUCCCAUGUUAGGACUAAAGAGAUGGGGUCAAUCGGCUUGAGAAAUAAAGUCAUAUAUUAACUGA